GUAUUGAUAAAACAAGCAUGUGAGACUUGUUUCCGGCUUUGAUAAACUAUAACGAAAACAAGCAGGUGAGAACCGGAUUUAAGGGAAGAAGAAGGGUUUUAGGUCAAGCAACAGAAAAAACAAGCGAAAAUGGAAGACGGUGAGAUAGAAGAGGGUUCAAUCGCCGUCGAAGAAGAACAACACCAACAACCGUUUCCCCAUUCCUCAGAAGACCCCAUCUCGGAGGAAUCACCCUACGAAAUUCUCCACAACAGCAAAUCCUCCAUCGAAACCAUCAUCUCCGAUAUCCUCUCCAUCAAAAAAGACGCCAAACCCAAACAACUCCUUCGCGAUCUCGUCACUCAAAUGUUCCUUCACUUCAUCACUCUCCGUCAGGCGAAUCGCUCUAUAUUGAUUGAGGAAGACCGUGUCAAAAUGGAAACGGAACGAGCCAAGGCACCGGUGGAUUUCACGACACUGCAGCUUCAUAAUUUGGUGUAUGAAAAGAGUCACUAUCUUAAAGCGAUUAAGGCUUGCAAAGACUUCAAGUCGAAGUAUCCUGACAUUGAACUCGUACCUGAGGAAGAGUUUUUACGCGACGCCCCCAAAGAUAUCAAGGAUUCCGUUUUGUCAAAAGAUACUGCUCAUAAUCUGAUGCUCAAGAGGCUCAAUUUUGAGCUACACCAGCGUAAAGAGCUCUGCAAACAUCAUGCGAAACUGGAACAACAAAAGAAAAUCCUUUUGGAUACUAUUGCAACCCGGAAGAAGUUCCUGACAAGUCUCCCUUCACAUCUUAAGUCUCUUAAGAAAGCAUCAUUGCCUGUACAAAACCAACUAGGAAUUAUGCAUACAAAGAAACUUAAGCAGCAUCAUUCAGCAGAGUUGCUUCCACCAGCUCUUUAUGUGAUUUACUCACAGCUAUUGGCUCACAAGGAGGCCUUUGUAGAACCCAUUGAUUUGGAAAUUGUAGGGAGCCUGAAAGAUGCUCAAGCUUUUGCUCGUAAGCAAGCUCACAAGGAAACUGGCAUUUCUUCUGUCACGGAGAGUUCUAAAUUGGAAGAUGAUGUUCCUGAUGAUGAAGAUGAUGGUCAGAGACGUAGAAAAAGGCCAAGGAGGGUACAAGUCAAGGAGAGCUCUGACCAAGGGGGCAUAUUUCAAAGUCACCCACUCAAAAUCAUUAUCCAUGUGUAUGAAGAUGAGACUUCUGAUCCUAAGCCUGCAAAACUAAUUACUCUAAGCUUUGAGUACAUGGUGAAAUUGAAUAUUGUAGGUGUUGGAAUAGAAGGAUCUAAUGAUGGUCCAGACAAUGACAUCUUAUGCAAUUUAUUUCCUAACGAUACAGGCCUUGAGCUUCCUCGCCAGUCAGCUAAGCUCUUUGUUCAAGAUGCUACAACGUUCAAUGCUCAGAGAACUUCACGUCCUUACAAAUGGGCUCAGCACCUGGCAGGGAUUGAUUUCUUGCCUGAGGUAUCUCCAUUGCUCCCCACUGACAACAGUGAAGUAGCAAGGAGCGAAGAUGUUAUAUCUGGUCUCUCAUUAUAUCGCCAACAGAACCGAGUACAGACAGUUCUGCAGAAAAUCCGCUCAAGGAGAAAAGCUCAAUUGGCUCUUCUGGAACAGCUAGAAUCUCUUACCAAGCUUGAGUGGCCUCUUUUGUCCUGCAAAAGUGUUCCAUGGGCUUUGCACACCCCUCUGUGCAAAUUGGAUGGCUGGUCACCUAUAAAAGCCUUACCUGUACCUAGUGAAACUUCACCUCUGGCUACCAUAGAUAAAGAGGAGCAUGUUCAAGAAUCAAUGGAUGUUGAUGUAAUUGAAAAUUCUAGUGCCACAAAAGAAGAUCUGGAUGGUAUGACGGAAGAUGGAGAGCUUCCUACUUUACUUCCAAAGAUGACUAAGUUUGACCACUCCAAACAAGCUAGCUUAAUUUCAAAAAGUAUCAUUCCAUCACUUAGUAAAGUUAGGUCCAAGAGUUUCAAAAAAGUUGAUGAUAGUACAGAUUUCUUGCUGGAUACUGAUAGCGAUUUUGAUGAGCCCGCACAAAUUGGAAGUGAACUCGAAGAUACUGUAUCUGAUUACUGUGCUGGAAAGUCUCUUUCUUGGAUAGAUUCUAGUGUGAAGGAAUUUCUCCUUGUUCUUAGCAGAAAAACUAACACAGAUGAUAGAAAUGUGAAUUUGGAAGCCAAGAUUAAGAUCAGUAUGGAAUAUCCUCUAAGACCUCCACUUUUUGCACUGAGUCUUUGCCGUAUACCUGUUGGGGAGAAUCAUUUUAAGAAUGAUGGAUUGGAGUGGUACAAUGAACUUCGCGCAAUGGAAGCGGAGGUCAACUUGCAUAUGGUAAAGAAACUACCUGUUAAUGAACACAAUUAUGUAUUGGCUCAUCAAGUGAGUUGUCUUGCCAUGUUGUUUGAUUAUUAUUUAGACGAGGGCUCAUCAUCUAAAAGGACAAACUGCACUACCUUGGUUGAUGUUGGAUUAUGCAAGCCUGUUAGUGGCGGGUUCCUGGGAAGAUCUUUUAGAGGAAGGGAUCACCGGAAGAUGAUCUCCUGGAAAGACAUGAAAUUUACUUCAACCCGACCCCAGUAGCGGUAGGUUUCCAGCUAGAUCUUUCAGAGGAAAAGACUGCAAUGCUGAUCUUCUGUGAGGACAUUGAGUUCAUGUCAAAUUGACCUUAGUUGUUAUGUUCAGCUCUAGACAGCACACAUGGACUAUAUAGUGCUUGUAUCGACUGUUGUAAAACUAAGGCAAAUUUUCAUCCCUUGUGUGUUAGCUAGCCUACCAUCAUUCCUCGACUUUACCGUUGCAAAACUGGUUGAGACAUUGGUAGAUUGUGGAACUGGUUGAGACAUUGGUAGAUUGUGGAACUGGUUGAGAUAUUGGUAGAUUGUGGGGGUCAUUUCUGCCACUGAUUAUUUGUUACAGCAAUUCAAUAUUUGGCAAGUGCUGCUGCACGGGUUUAACUAUGCCCCUACUUUGAAGAAAACACUUGAAUAGUGGCUGUAGUAAUUUUUGUAGUUUCAUUAUAAAUUGUAAUUUAUUGAUUGUGUACUGUAGGGCAUCUUUAUUCUUUCUCAGUAUAGGUAUUUCCUUGUACAAUUUUUCUUCACAAAAGUCUGUGUCUAUGGUCUAUAACCCGUGAGUGUUUAGCCACAUGAUUGUAGUUUUUCUAGCCACAUGAUUGAUAUAUCCGUGGACUGAUGUCUAUUUUUAAUCAAUGAUAAAAUGAGUAUUUUUCCAUUUUAAUUAAUUCAUACUUAUGUGUGAGGUCUAGACCAUGGAUCCUCUCCUUCCCUCCUUUUCUCUCCUUCACAAAAACAAGUGUAGUAGAAUUAAUUGCAUCAAGAAAAAAUGAUAAAAAGAAGAAGAGAGAGAAAAUAUUAGAGAUAUAUAGAGAGAAAAGUGUGAAGGAGAUAAUUGGAGAGAAGAAAUUGAUUGAGAGGAUCCAAGUCCGUGAGGUCUAUCCAAUGUUCCAAAUA